AUGAUCUUGGAAAAAAGAAAUGGUGAUCACACAGAAACAAAAAAGCAAACCCAAGGCCGCCAAAAAAUAGAAAUCAAGCGAAUAGAAGAGAAGAGCAAUCUGCAAGUGACCUUCUCAAAACGCCGAGGUGGUCUAGUCAAGAAAGCAAGCGAGCUAUGCCUUCUUUGUGGGGCUCAAGUGGCCAUUCUUGCCUUCUCUCCAGGCAAAAAGGUGUUUGCCUUUGGUCACCCCAACGUCGACAUAGUGCUCGAUCGGUAUCUCAACGAGAGUUCUACUUCUAGCGAACGAGAGGCGCCUGCGACUAAUGACCCUCAAGUCCAACGUUGGAACAAAGAGUACGAGGAGGCAUUGAAAGUGUUGGAGGAGGAGAAGAAGCAUGUAGCAAUGAUCGAAGAGUGGAAUGAGGUGUGUGAAAAUGAUGCUAAUGCAGGGUUUUGGUGGGAUAGAUCUAUUGACGAGAUGGGGUUGGAAGAACUUGAGGAGUAUGUGAGGGCCAUGCAAGAGUUACGGAAGAAUGUGGCUAGUAGGGUUAGCGAAUUAACAAUGGCUAAUGAUCAGUUUGGUAAUCAGAAUAUGGGCAAUUUUGAUCUCGGUGGUGUUAACGGGUUUAGUCUUGAAGAUGGGCUUUUUGGAAGAAGUGAUGGAGGGCCAACGGAUGACGUUCUACAUGCCUAA